AUGAAAGAUCUACUGAUGCCCGACAGUCUCACCGUUGAAAUUCCCCACAAUGGAAAGGAUUUGUCUACCUAUAGCAAGGUUUUAUCUAUAUAUACAAGAAACUCUGAUAGUUACCAGGUUAACUCGAUCCAAGACAAACAAAAAACAUUGCUUGGUGACAACUGGAAAUCUUUCGCGACAAUUUUAAAAGACAGUUUGCACUGGAAAAAAAAAAGCACUGGCGUCGCUGAACUUAUUAUUCACCCAAACGAGGCUAAAAAGUACACGAAUCUAGAAGGCCUCACUAUAAAGGUUUCGGAAUACAAGCGGGCCAAUGAGAAUCAAAUACGCGGUAUUGUAACAACCGUUGAAAAUGAAAAUGAAUUUAGCGACUGGCUCGUAUUUCAUCUUCUGAGCCAAGCUAGGCUAUCUUUCAGUCAGGUACCUCAAAAUAGAAGCCAAUUACCAUAUGAUGAACUCUUCACCAAUUACUUUGCCCAAAACUUGAAAAAUACCACUGCCAAUGAUGAGUGGGAUAUGGGUGGUCGUGACAAUUUCAUCGCGAAUGUUAGGUAUUUUACCGAUCGAUUAUUGAGAAUUGAAUGUAUCAUUCCUGCGUUUCCAUGCAAAUCAUCGAAUGCAGAAAAGGUAUAUGGUGCUGUUCCUGACAAGGGAGAAGAGCUGGCACUAAGAAGAUUAAUAACCGUUACACGAGAGGUACAGAACUUUUAUCCACCGGGCAUGAAAAUCUGGAUUGUUAGUGAUGGGCAUGUCUUUAGCGAUUGCAUUGGAGUUGAUGAUGAUGUAGUUGAUUGCUAUACUGCAAAAUUGCACGAACUAUAUCAGAAAGUUUCAAUACCAGGCAUCGACGCAAUAGGAUUUGCUGGGUUGAAAGAGCUAUUUUUCACAGAUGAAGAAUCUCAAUUCAAUGAAGAAUUGGUCAAAGACAUUGAGCUUCCACAUCGAACGGGGACGAAAAUAUGCGAACCAUCGGAGUUAUCGAGAAAAAUCUUGAUGAAAGGUUUCGAUACCGAUAAUGGAAAGUUAAGACAGCAAAUUUUGACUCAGCAUCAUCCUCGAUUACAUUUAUUUAGAGGCUUCUCUAAAUUUAUGAUGGAUGACUUGCGCCUUUUGCCACAGUUCCAAAAAACUUCCAAAAAGGCAUUCAAAAAGGUGGUCUCUAAAGUGGCAUUUGAAAUGAUAAAAAGGAAUGACGCUUACUCGAACUUAGUGGAAUUGAUAUUCCCUCAUCAUAUGCGCUUAUCUAUUCAUGCGCAUACUAAUUUUGGCCCAAAAUUUGGAAUUAGAAUGAUUUCCAGCAGAGAUUGCCAAGUGAUUAAAUGCCUUGAUAAUAAUGAGGAGCCCAGAUUUGAAGACCUGUUACAUAUUCCAACACCAUGGCACAAUUGUGUAUUGAAAUUGGAGGAUGAAGGAAAAUAUUUCCUUACUAAAUCUAAAGUGGUGAUCGAUGCGAUAGAGAGUGGAAUUUAUGAAGGACAUUGGAAGGAACCCAACGAUGCAGAUAUUGUUGGAGGGCAUUUCGUUAUUAGGAGAAAGAUUGACAUACGCAAAAAGUUAAAUUGA